UGGUGGGCUUGGUGAUAGUGAAUUUGUAAUCCGUUCAACCUUCGCUAGAAAGUCAGUGUCAAGUUAGCAUAAAUGUGUGAGGACUAAGAAGAUCCAUCAAAGACUCCUCCACGGAAGAAGCUGAAAUUCCAGGCCAAACAUAAUCAAAUAUAUCUUAAGAAAAAUGGGAAGAUAUGUUUUCGUUGGUUAAGCCGGGACCAGACGAGAACCGGGCAUUUUGUACGUCUAUUUUAAGAUGUCCAGAAAACACUUCAAAGUUUUUUUCGUUGGCUACCGAUGCAUCAGACAGAAGCAGUCGAAAAAUGUACUUCGACCCUUUAAAGGGAGUGCAGAAUAAACUUCUAGAUUUUGUUGAAACUGCUGGGGAAACGUCUAUGGCAAUUACUGGUUUGGUGCUGCAGAGCUUAGAAAAGCACAACUUGGAUAUAAAUUAUGUGUCUUCUUAUUGUGCACACAAUGCCAGUGUGAACUAUGGAAAAACACAUUCCGUAUAUCAGUUGCUGCGAAGUAAAAACCCAAAUUUACUGAAAGCUAAUUGCUCUAAUCAUGUCAUACAUAACACAAUUAAGUUUGCAAUUGACAGAUUAGAUGUUGAUGUUGAAAGUGUAGUCUUAAAGAUAUAUAAUCACUUCUCUGUCUCUGCCAAAAGAAGAGAAGAGUUAAAAUCAUUCUUUGAGUUUCUGAAUUUGGAGUGGACUGAGAUUUUGAGGCAUGUUCCAACUAGGUGGCUGUCAUUAACACCAGCCAUUUCUCGACUGCUUCAGAAUUGGGAAGGAAUGAAAGUUACUUCAAUAGUAUUCCCAACUGUCCAAAAUUAUUAUCUAACAUUUUCAUGAAAGAUGACCCAGAGGAAGCAGUGUUGCCUGAAAUCUCCUUUAAUUUCUUAAGUAAUAUCAGAAGUCAGCUGGAAAUGGUAGAUAAAACACUGGAAAGGUCUGACUUAAGUGUACUAGAGACUUACAAACAAAUGAAACUUCUCAGUUCUAAAAUCCAGCAGAGAAGGAAAGACAACUUUUUUGGUAGCAAAGCAAAAGAACUCAUUAAUGGAUUUGUCUAUGCCAUUACAGAAAAAGGUUACUGAAGACCUGAACAGCUUUUUUAGCAAUAUGCUUCAGUAUCUGCAAAAAAUAUAUGAUGUGAGAGAUGACAAUCCCUAUGCAUCCCUUGCAGCAUUUUCUCUACAGGAAGGGAUUGAGUUCAAAGAUUUUGAAAAAGCCAUAGAAGUGUUUCAGCUAAGUGAAAAUGUUUGCAUUGAUGACCUGUACGAGGAGUUCACCAGCCAUCGAUAUUACCUCUGCAACAGUGUGAACAGAUAUGAAAUGUCGACGGGCUACAAGGUUUUCAAUGAUUGCGUCCAUGGACACAUCAACCUACAUCCUCUUUGUGUUCGGAUAGUUGAUACUCCGCAAUUUCAGAGGCUGCGCAAUGUGAAGCAAGUUGGGCCUGUUUACUUUGUUUAUCCGGGAGCCAGCCACAAUCGCUUUGAACAUUCACUAGGGGUAUGCCAUCUUGCUGGGAAAAUGGUAGAUGCACUCAGAAAAAGUUGUAAUGAUCAGAGUAUUGUCACUGAUGAUGAGAAGUUGUGCCUGGAAAUAGCAGGUCUGUGUCAUGAUUUGGGCCAUGGGCCUUUCUCUCACACAUGGGAGAAAUUCAUAGACGUCGCAAGGAACAAGGAAGGCAUGUCUGAAACCAGUGGUGCAGUUGUCAGUUGGAAGCAUGAAGAGGGUUCUGUUCAGAUGUUUGAAUAUCUGUUGGAGCAAAAUAAGCUGCGUGAUGCAUUGGUUGAAGCUGUACCAGAACUGAAAGACAAGGCAGUGGAAUUUAUAAAGGAGUUGAUUAGAGGCAAAGGAACACUCAAGAGCGAUAAGAAAUUUCUGUAUCAGAUAAUAUCCAAUAAAGACAAUGGCAUCGAUGUUGAUAGAUUUGAAUAUUUCCUUCGAGACGGUCGUCAGCUAAAUAUUAGUUCCUCAUUUGACUAUAAUCGUCUCCUGGAAUUCUGUUAUGUGAUUGAAGUUCAUGGAGAGAAAUGUAUCUGCUUUCGCAAUAAAGAGAGGCACAGUCUCUAUGAGAUGUUUCAAGUUCGAGUAAAUCUCUACCAUAAAGCCUACUGCCAUCAUGUUGCACAGUGCAUUGAGCAGAUGGUUAUUGAUGCCUUCGUAGAAGCAGACAGAAAAGGAUACAAAAUUCGCGUGUCAAAUGACAAAGUAUACCAGCUGUCUGAGGCACACUGUCACAGUGAGGCACUGAGUCGCAUGACAGACCACAUCUUCUAUGACAUUCUGUACAGUACAGAGGAAGAUUAUGAACAAGCGAGGGAGCUGCUUCAUCGUAUCCUGAAGAGGGACCUGUACAAAGUUGUGGCGUACAAGAACUUCUCAACCAAACUGCUGAAGGAGAAGGAAAAAGCAAUUGAAACAUGCUCCAGUGUCGCGGAAAUUGAUAAGGAAGUCAAAGAAAGAAUAAAAGAAUGUAAGCUUGGAGUUGAAAAGGACAUCAAACAAAUAUGUGAACGUAUGACAUACUGUAAAUUUGAACAGUUCAAGGUAGUAAUGACAAAACUGGACAUGGGUGUUGAGAUGGAGGAUGCAGUUAGAGGGACUGCAGAAAAGAAAAACCCAUUCAAUAAUAUCUACUUCUAUGACAAGAACAAAUUGAGUGAGGCAAGAGAAAUAGAAUGGAGCGAUGUGCCUGUUUUUCCAGUUCCUGAAGGAAGCAUCUUCCAUGUUCAUGGCACUGUUAUUUACAAAGAUGUAGACAAUCCUGUGAGCAAAAAUGAAACCUUAAAGGAUGAGCUGGAGACUUUUAAAGCUGAACUUAUGAAACUGUGGAAAUAAAUCACAACUCCAGAUUCGUGACUACAAGUAAUUAUGACAGUCUGACUGAGU